GCACCGUCGAAGCGGCAGACGCGAUGUGCGUUCGCAUAGCUGGGCUUGCCGUUACUGCAACGAGUCUUAACAGUGCAGACAUGAAUGUGCAUCAUGGUAGAGCAGCAAAUAAUGCUCACCUAGGAUCUCGUGGAUCUUCAAAUUCAUCCACCUUGGCCACUAGUAGAAACCACUUUCUGCACAACAUGAUAAACCACUCUUCGGCCUCGCGUCGUGCCUGGGUCUGCGUACGACACAGAAUCCUCGUCAAAUAUCUAUACUCCGUAACAGCGCAACUCUACCCAACGUUUUUGGCUCACAAGUUGCAAGUCGCUUUGACUCUAGCGAAACAGCAACAGGAAAGCAGUUCCGAAGAAAUCAACAGCUUUGCCUUUCGAUCUAGUGAAGUGCUACUAGGAAUUUCUGGUCGGCGGGUGCUACGAUUGCCGCUGCAGAAAGCUUCGGAUGGUUCUCAUUUUGUUUACACUGUGGAUGUCAGGGGAGUUGACACUGUGGAUGUGAGCGGAGCAAAUCAUAAUGAAGAUGUCACGGAAAGCCAAGUGGUGCGAGGUAAAGCAGCCUUUUGGGACUGGCGACAGGAAGACGAGGAUGUCUGCGAUCUCUGUUGUGAAUGGGAGCAAAUACAAGCCGUGCAAGAAUCACAGGCAACAAGUAAAAUGGUGCAAGUCGCACAACCUUCGUCUUCUUCAUCGAGUCGAGCACCACAACAUCAGGAGAUGACGUCUCAGAUAAGUCGUGCCGGUGACUUCUUCAUCCGAGGAUUGCGGUCAUACAAUGUGGGUCUAGCGCCAUUGAAAAUGACCAUCUCAGCGCCAGCGAAAGUAGACUUUGAAGUUGGAGGAUUACUUCUCUCCGACGUUUCGCUCUUCAUUCAGAAUGUCAGCUUUCAUCGCUCGUGUCAUUUUUACGUGAGUCUGAGACCUACUGCUAGUUCUGGUGGUGGAGGUGGUGCGAACAAGAAUACUGCGGUGGGAGGAACGGGUACUACAACAGUGAUUACAAACAACGCAGGAGCACCAGGAUCAGCAGUAAAAGGUGGACAACUACUAGAGAAGCAGGUUAGUAAUACUGCAACGGCAGGAGCAGUAGCAGCGACAUCUUCUCCAGCGGCCACAGUUGUGACUCCCAAUAAGCAGGCAGUAGGUUCAGCUCCCUCGUCUGCGUCCAAACCCAUCUCAGCAGAGCAAGUGGCUUCUACGCCAGCAUCUCAAGGACUACAAGGACCAGCAUUAUCUACUAGCAGCUCUACUGGCACCAGUACUGCAGCGGCCACAGCGAGGACGUCUUCUGAACAACAGUUGCAGCAUGCGACACCUGGCAGGUUGGAUUAUGUUGGUUUUGGAGGAGAAGGUGGUGAGAUUUUGAUCUCGUUGAAGCCAGGAGACGUGGAGAAAAUCUCACUGGUAGCUCAUUUUUCGUCGCCUGGCAGAUACGAUCUUAACCGUUUCGCUUUUCGGCUAUCAAGUUAUCCAGUACUAGAUGAAGCGGAUCCUGUUGAUAGUCGUGAAGAGAAGACCUUAGCGCCUGUAGAAAAAGAUAUCAAGGCAAAGGACAAAGCGGAACAAACCUUCCUUUUUCCUUUCACGAAGGAGAUACUCGUGUUGCCAGUAGGAGGGUCGUGAUAGAUCAAAGACCUUUUUUAGGGAUUUCUUAUAAACGAUGUUAGACUUUUUUUUUCUACUUCUAGGCAUAUUUCUCUGAACAUUUUUCAGAAAGUUCCGGUUUUUCUAUCAUAACAUUUCUCACAAGAAAAAGUGUUGUUGUAUGAUGACUCACUGAAGACUAAGUGUGCGUGGUGUCCUCUUAUCAUGGAUUCUUCACAGUUGCUGCUGCUGCUCCGAAUUACUAGACUUAAGCGCC